AUGGCUUCUGCCAUCAAGAAAGUAAACAUGAUUACCCAAAUCGUACGCCUCAAACAAGUCGUCAAGCGUUGGAAACACAAAUCCCUUAAGCGCCGCGGCGUUUUAUCAUACUCCUCAUCCGAUUCAGAUGAACCGGCUUUAACCGGUUCGAACCGCCGCCGCCGCACACCUUCAGGAUCUUUAGCGGUUUACAUCGGUCCAGAAAGAACCCGGUUCGUUAUUCCGACCCGGUUCUUGAACCUCCCUGUGUUUAUAUCUCUACUUGAUAAAGCAGAGGAGGAGUUUGGCUAUCAAAGAACCGGCGGUUUAGUUUUGCCUUGUGAAGUUGAGUACUUUUCGGAGAUAUUAAGGUUAUUGGACCGGGAUGAAGACCGGUUCGGUCAUUUUUUGGGUUUAGAUGAAAUGAUUAAUGAAGUUGGGUUUGAUGGUUUAGAUCACUCUUGUAAAGAAGCUGCUUCACAAGGAUUUGCUCCUCUUUUGCACAAUGCUAGGGUUUAA